CAUCUGCAAUAAUCAGCUGUUUGAUAAUAGUUUUAUUAAGAAGGGUACGAAAUUAGAUUAAUUAAAAAUGUGUUCGCCGUUUGUUCGUGGCUUUUCCAUAUUUGCAUUAAGAAAGACUCCGCCAAAAAAUGCAUUAGGUGGGAAUAGUUUGGUGAAUAAGGUGGCAAUUACGAACGACGGGGCCGUUUGUGUUGCAUGGCAUCCUGAGACAGAUUUUCCAUAUGAGUGUUCCAAACCAAUUCCAUAUGCCGUCAAUGACCAGAAUAAAACAUUAAUCGCAGACAAAAACAACGAAACUACAAUUAGUGCUUUCAAAACAAAAACACCGGAAAUAGCUCGUCAGGAGCUUAUGCAACUCACUUUUACUACAAAGCAUCGUUGGUUCCCAAGAUCACGCGAUAAGCGUGCUAAACGUACACCAAUGGACCGGCCUUAUUUGUAAUAAAUCCUAUAAUUUAAGUUAUUUGCUUUAUUAUUCAAAUAUAUGGUACUAAAAAUGUCUAAUCUA